GCAAUGAAAAACAAAUACGCUGUUAAUUUCUCCCCCCCCUCUCUCUCUCUCUCUCUCUCUCUAAGAGAGAGAGAUCCGUAGUUUUUGAAUUAGCCAUGGCGUGUACGAGCUUGGUGAAGUUAAACGCAUCGUCUUCUCAGUGGAUCAGUUGGCAAUCCUUCAAUCAACGGCCUGGAUCUUCAUGUCGAUUUGCCUCUCCUCGUGUCUCCAUUGUUCGUGCCGAAUCUUACUCCGACGAACUCGUCAAAACCGCCACGAAAACCUCAAAGCGAAAAAAAGAUGAGUAUCAUGUCAAAGAAGAAAGCCCACAUGCAAACACUAGCAACAAUGUUGACAUGCGGCGGAUCGACCCACCGUUUGUGUCUUUCCGUUCUCUAACCAUUCCACCGUUAUCGAAGCGUUGUCGACUAUUGGAACCAUACUCCAACGAAGAAGAAACAACGCUGUGAAGAUUUCUAUUUAUCAGAGUGUAUCAACUCAACAUGGAGACCAAAUGUAAGCACCUUUUUUUCCCUUUUUUGUGUAAUCAAAUUACUUUUUUUUUUGUCCUAAUGCAAACUUUCUCACAUGUUGCCAUUA